AUUGAAUAAAUAUGAGAUAUUUGGAAGAAUUUAUACCAUAAGUUAUAUGAUACAAUUUAUUUUUAUUAUAAAAUAGUAAUUAAUUGACUAAUUAUGUAUCAUCUAAGUAAAACUUUUUGUCGAAGGAAAUCAGUUUUCCUGAAAAAUGAACGUGAGUUCUCAGCGUCUGGAGUCUUGAGUACUGCGAUUACUAAAGUACUGAUAGCAAAUCGCGGAGAAAUAGCAUGCCGGGUGAUGAGGACAGCCAGGAAACUUGGUGUAAAAACGGUUGCUGUUUACAGCGACGCUGAUAGAGACUCAAUGCACGCAGACCUGGCUGAUGAAAGUUACUACAUAGGUCCGUCAGCUUCAAGUGAAAGCUACCUGAGGCAAGACAAAAUAAUAUCGGUUGCUAAAAAAACAAAAUGUACGGCCAUACAUCCAGGAUAUGGUUUCCUGUCAGAGAACAUGGAGUUCGCGCAGCUUUGUCAGAGGGAAAAAAUAAUAUUUAUCGGGCCUCCGGCGAGCGCUAUAAGAGAUAUGGGGAUAAAAAGCACUUCUAAAGAAAUAAUGAGUAGAGCUGGAGUUCCUAUUAUUGAAGGCUAUCACUCGAGUGAUCAAAGUAACGAAAUCCUUUUAGCGGAAGCUAGGAAAAUAGGUUUCCCUGUGAUGAUAAAAGCCGUACGGGGUGGCGGUGGCAAAGGCAUGAGAAUAGCAGAAGAAGAAAAUAAAUUUUUCGAAGCCCUGGAGUCAGCGCGUACUGAAGCGAUCAAGUCCUUUGGAGACUCUGAUGUUCUUUUGGAAAAAUACGUUCUGGAUCCACGACAUGUCGAGGUCCAAGUGUUCGCUGACACUCACGGAAAUGCUGUUUAUUUAUUCGAACGCGACUGUUCUGUUCAGAGACGACACCAGAAAAUAAUUGAAGAAGCGCCCGCUCCAGGAUUAUCUGAAGAAACUCGUAUAAAACUGGGCGAGGCUGCCGUGCGAGCCGCCAAAGCAGUCGGAUACGUCGGCGCUGGUACUGUUGAAUUUAUAAUGGACCAAAAUGAUCACAGUUUCUAUUUUAUGGAGAUGAAUACACGGUUACAAGUCGAGCAUCCAGUUACUGAAGCCAUCACUGGGUUAGAUCUCGUUGAGUGGCAAUUAAAAGUUGCGGCUGGUGAAAAACUUCCACUUGCACAGCGGGAUAUUACCAUUAGAGGUCACGCGUUCGAAGCCAGAAUUUAUGCAGAGGAUCCUCGGGGUGGAUUUCUACCACGCGCGGGACCGCUGCUGCAUCUCACACCGCCGGAGGCUGAUGAAAAUGUCAGAGUUGAAACCGGAGUUAGGCAGGGCGACCAAGUCUCUGUUUAUUAUGAUCCGAUGAUCGCUAAAUUAGUAGUCUGGGGAAGUGACCGCAGCGAAGCGCUCAGACUUUUGAAAAUAAAAUUAUCUGAUUACAAUAUCGCCGGCGUAGAAACCAACAUCGAGUUUCUGAAAGACUUGUGUGGGCAUAAAAAUUUUGAAGCUGGCGCAGUACAUACGGGAUUCAUAGAAGAGUGUAGAGAUUCAUUGUUCCCAAAGCUACAGGUUCCUAGUGAUAUUUUAUGUCAAGCGGCGCUUGCCGCAAUACUCUACGAAGAUUUAGUUUGUUUAAAAGCUGCUGUGGGUGGGCAAAAUCCCUGGAGUCCGUUCAAUACAGAGUUGGGGUUCCGAGUAAACCACUCGCUCUCCAAGCAAUUUAAAUUUUUAUUUGAUGACAAAAAAUUAAUCGUAGAUGUCAAGUACACGGAGCCAGAAGUCUAUUCAAUGCAAGUUAAUGGUAUUGGACCUUGGAGAAAGGUCAUAGGUACCUUGACUCAGGGAGAUAAUAUUCUUGAGUUAAGAUCAGAGGUCGAGGGAAAAAAAACAAAGACCAGAAUCGUUAAAAUUAAUGAUGAGCUCCAUAUAUUUACUAAUGAUCGUGCUUGGAAAUUAAACACCCCGCAGCCGGAAUUUCUAUCUAAAAUAAAUAUAAAAUCCGACUUGACUGGCGCGGCAGUGAGUCCUAUUCCUGGAGUCGUAGAUAAAAUUCUCGUGUCUCGUAACGAUUCCGUAAAGAAAGGAGACGCGUUGCUGGUAAUUGUCGCAAUGAAAAUGGAGCAUCUGAUCCGAGCAUCCUCAGAUGGAGUCGUCGAGGAAAUUCUCUGCGUAGUGGGUGACACCGUAGCAAAAGACCGAUUGCUCGUUAAAAUCACCGAGGAAAGUAAAUAAAUAUCAUGUACAAAAAGUAUUUUAUAAUUAUUUAGAUAACAAAAAUAUAUUGUAUAAAAAUAUAAAUUUAUAUCACAUUGA